AUGAGUUUAUCUCUCCGUCAACGUACAUUUGUUUUCGAUUUAUUACCUGCGGAAAUUCUACACAAUAUUUUUGAUUAUCUUUGGGCUGACGAUAUUCUUUAUUCAUUUUAUAAUAUCAGUACCUGUGUUCAUAAUAUUAUUUCAAGUUAUAAAUAUUAUCAUGUUAACUUUCAAUCAAUUCUCAAGCGAGAUUUUGAUCAUAUCUGUCGCUGUAUUCGACCUGAUCAAAUAAUAUCACUGAUUUUGUCUGAUAAUAAUGAUACUCCAUAUCAAUCUCAUCUCUAUUUAUCACUUUUUCCAAUUAAUCAAUUCAUUCAUCUUCGUGCACUUACAUUGAUUGAUAUUGAUAAUAAUAGUCAAUCUCUCUUCGAUAAUUUAUGUGAAAUAAAAAGUCUAGUUUCAUUUGAAAUCGAUACAAUGUCUCAUCUUCGUUACAUUGGAUCACAAUUGAAACGACUUGUUGUGAAUAAAUAUAUUGAAGAUGAUUAUAUCCAUGAAUCAUUUCUUUCAUCUUUAUCAUUUUCUCAUAUUCAAUCUCUUAUUUUACCUUAUUGUUCAUAUCAUCAAUUACGUCAAAUACUUUCUGAUGCAUUAAAACUUACUUCAUUGACAAUUUCAUUAUUAAUAUCAGAUUGUAGUGGUAUUGAUUAUUUUGCAGAACAACGUCAAGAAAUGUCUCUUGCGCUUACGCAUCUAAAUUUAUCGAUUCAAACAUUUACUCGAGCAAUAUCACGUCUUUUAUUUGAACGAUUUCUUGCACGUAUGCCACAUCUAGAAAAACUUAAACUUAACGUUUCUUCUGGUGGAAGUAUGAAUCUUCUCGAUGGUGAUCAAUGGGAAAUAUUUAUUUUAAAUCAUUUACCAUCGCUUAGAAUAUUUAAUUUUAAAUUUAAAAUAAUAAAUAUUGAUCAGAAUAAAGAAAAUAUUCUCGCUCAUUUUCGUACACCAUUUUGGUUGCAUAAAAAUCGAUGUUGGUACGUAUCAUUUAAUCCUGAUGAUUCAAUAUUAUAUACUGUACCUUAUUUUGCUCCUCGAAUAAUUAAAUAUCGUUCAUAUACGAUUUUAUCUCAUGCAACAACAUUACCUAUUGAUCAACAUAGAAUUCUUUAUGAUAAUGUUAUUGAAUUAGAACUCGGUUCAGAUUGUAAACCAUCUUAUCGAUAUAGACAUGUACAAAAAUUGACAUUAUUAAUUCCAAAUAUCGAUAAAAGUGUCAUUGAUGUUUCACGUAUAGAAUAUUUAUGUAUUCGAACAACAGCAUCAUGGUCGUUAAAAAAUUUAUUUCGAAUGAUAAAACAAUCAAUGCCAUGUGUCUAUCAUCUCAAUAUUGAUUGUGAUUUAUCUUGGACAAAAAUUCUUGAUAUAGUUCCUCUUGAACAAAUUCGGAUUUUAGAUUUAUCACAAUUUUUGUUCUCUAAUAAAAAAAGUAAACAGAUCGAUUUGCCUUUUCUAUUUCCAAAUAUCGAACGUUUGAUAACGAAAAUAAAUACUUAUGAUCAAAUGAUAUAUCUAAUCGAUCAAUUCAAAUAUUUAUCACAUGCUUCAUUUCAUAUUAUCAAUUGUCAAACAGAUUUAAAUGAACCUGAAAGAAUGCAUCAAUGGCUUUUAAAAAUGUCGCAUCGCUUAUCGACAAACAAUAGUUUUACUUUUAAAUUAGAUUCUCAAUCUUGGAUACAUUUUUGGAUUGUUGGUGAUCAGAAACCGGUGAUUAAAGUAUGUUUAAAUACUCAGUCUACAGAUGUACAACUACAAAGAAUAGAAAAGAGUGAUAUUAUACAAUGUGGUCAUUCAGGACAUUGUUUGUUACAAUAA